AUGUUCCGGAGAUUAAUCUUGGUGCUGCUCUUGAAUAUUGCCUUGGCGACUCGUAUAUGUCAAGCGCAAACGGCGAAACACCUAUAUCUCAACCCUCGAUUGCUUAAGACUCAAUCAAACGGAUUUUACACGCAGGCUUCGGAUGAAACAGCAUCCAUGGCCUACACAGACGAUUCAGUGAAAGCAAAACUGUCUGCUCUCAAUGAGACCCAGGAGGGCAUUGUGACCGUCGCGCAAUGGGUCAUGUUUCACAGACGACAUGCCGAUCGAACUGCACAAUUAUGGCUCCAAAAACUCCGCGAUUCCCCAGCUCCAAAACGACUCAACCUGAUUUAUCUCGCAAACGAGGUCGCGCAGCAGUCAAGAGCACGGCGCAAAGAAGAUUUUCUUAUUGCUUUCUCACCGAUUAUUGCCGAGGCCGUGGCAACCGCAUACAAAGGUUCCUCGAAUGAUAUUCAACAGAAAUUGCGACGGGUAGUUGAGGUUUGGAGACAGCGUUCAAUAUUUGAACUUCCAAUUCAGGAGGCCGUCGAAGCUCGAGUUGAUGAAAUUGAUAAAUCGCGCUCGACCGGCAAAAAGCCGUUGCUGGGCGGCUCGUUAUUCUCUGGUCCAAGUGGCUCGACACCAUCCGAACUGCAGCCUCUAGUCCCGCUUCAGGUAGCGGUUUCUAAAGCAGCUGUUGCCUCUGGUACAUCUGCUACAGCUGCCAAUGCCGAGUAUGAUAAGAUGAACGAUCCUAACGUACCCUUACCGACCCCUCCUGUACAUGCUGCUCGACUUAGCCAGCUGCUAAAAACGCUUGCGAACGCUGAGAGUUCAGUGUCCGAGGUGGUCAAGUCACGCCUUGCCCUCAUUGAUGGCCUAGAAAAGCUUCUCGAGACCAACCGUACAGCGCUGUCUAAGGAACAGGCAUUGGUUCUUCAACUACAGGACAAGAAAGCCGAAACCGAAUCCAAGAAACGGGAAGUUGAGGAUGCGAUCAUGAGAGGACUUUCGGCGGAGAAUACACCGGCGGCAAACCUUGGAGAUUUUGGCCCAAGGGGUGAAGGCGUGUCUCGCCCGGAGGUUGAAGCUCUUACUCCUCCGCCUGUUGAAGCGAUUACCCCCGUUGGCUCACCAAAGCAAGAAGCACGAGACUUCCCAGCGGGUCAUGAACAGGAAGCUCACGCAUUCGGAGGCUUUUCCUUGGGAUUUGAACAUCCCGGCGAUGCCUCCAUUCCUGGACUUACCCCGCCUCCUGCAUCAACAGCGUUUAGUGAACUUCCGCAAGACAUCAUGAAUGGACUUCACACCAAAAAGAGAAAGGUUGCUCAUGAAGAAGAGGACUACGCCCAGUUCGCGAGCGGAGAUCUAGAUGCCGAUGUCGCGGAACUUUUGAAGCAGGAGAGCAAUAUCCAAAGCUAG